AUGCUCCUGGAAAUUGCCUUAAGCAUUGACAGUGAAAAAGAUCUUGCUUCUUUCGUCCAAGUCAACCGUGCUAUGUACCAAACACUAAUUUCACAACUCUACCGACGCAAUACAAAAGAUUCGGACGGAUCAGCUAUUCGACACGCCGCCGCGUCAGACAACUGUUCAACCCUGAGAAGGGCCCUUCAGACUUGGAAAGAUAUCAAUGGUUCCGCAAACCUACCAAAAUCGCCUGACUCUACAAAAUCUACGCCUUUAUUCGCCGUAGCUUACAGAGGCAAUCUAGCCGCAGUGCAGAUGCUGUUAGACUAUGGAGUCAGUCCAAAUGGCAAGGACAAGUCAAAGCGCACGUCUCUGUAUGUGGCCAGUGGACGAGGGCAUACAGCCGUAGUCAAGACACUCCUUGAACACCCAAGAAUCAAAGUGAAUGCAUACAACAAUGACCGCAUAACUCCGAUAUGUUUUUUGCUGCACGUCAAGGUCAUACUGAAAUCGUAA